AUGGCUUCUAACACUCUCAACCUCAUUGCCAUCCUCUCCCUUACUAUCUCAAUCCUCUUAUCUUCGUAUCCUCAACCAGCCUUCUCAAUCCAAAUGGAAGAUUUCGAUGGCGAAGAAGAAUAUGUGCUUGAUCAUCCUGUCAUUAUCCCUAACCUUCGAUCAAGAAGCCGGUUCUUAAAAACCUCGCCAACGAAAGAUAAGAUCAGGAAAGGUGCCGAUUGUGAUCCCCACCCUUCUCUAAACAUAUGCAAGGGCAUUUCAAAGAAACAACGGGACCGAUCUCAGAUUGCUGCAAAACGCAUUGUCGUAACGUGCUUAGUGAUCGGAACAAUCUGCGGAAAAUGCGCAACCGGUGCAAGUUCGGGCAACGCGUUGUGCGGUGGAGUUUGUACUAAUGUUGCUAACAAUGUCAACCAUCUGCGCAAGUGUGGCAAUCGAGGCUCGUCUGGAGUUCAGUGA